CAACCCGUUCACACACUCAGGUGUGUAACAAAUAAUGAGACUUUAACUCUUAACGAUACAAAAAUCCUGCAACUUGACUCAGAAACUUCUGAUCAUUGGGUUCAGAGGUUACACCCACAUCUAAAAAGCAUGAUUAUGUCAACAACUUUACAUGUUGAGUGGACAUAUGCAUGUAAAUGUUAUUUGUUGAUGUUACAUGAGAUGAUUAAGCUGCACAUUUCUAUUUAGAAACAUGUGAGGUUGUCAAUUGAAGGAAAAGCUGAAUUGGGAGGAUGGGAGCCUCUGGAUCAGAGAUGAGGUGUGGACGGAAGCGUGGGAGAGGAAAAAACAUUCAGCUUCUUAAAAUGGAGAGAGGGAGGGAAAGCAGAGGAGAAAUCCCAUGCUUUCUCACUCCCACACCUUUUUGCUCUGCUCUAUUCUGGCUCCGGUUCCUCUCGCUGCUGCACUCAGACUCCGGGAAGCAGCCACCGAUGCCACGAUUUCCUCAUCUCGCUUCCCUCCGCAAGAAGAACUUCACUUUUCUUCUGCAAAUUCACUUUUUUCACCCACUAUUUUUGUCUCUCUGGAGAUAAUUGGCAGCUUCAGGGAAAACAUCCCGGACCUUCACAGUGGGAAGCCUGUUGAUCGCAAACUUCAUCAAGUUUUUUAACACUUGAGCUGAAAACAAUCUAUCAUUUCUAGACUGAAAGCCCGGACUGAAGUGGAUCUGUGAUGUAGAUCUCUCUCUCCUGCGGUCAAACCUCUAACCCGUCCUCCUCGCAUGCCACCAUGUUUGCCAGGAUCUUCAUCCCCAAGAAGCACCGGCAGCGGUUCGACGAUGCCGUGUCCCAGAACGUGAUCAACCGGCUGUGCCGCAGCAAGAGCAUCAGCGAGCCGCAGGGCAGGCUCCGCCGCAGUCGCAGCGAGGACCACUCCGAGCGCCGCCACGGGUCCAAGCGGGCCAGCUCCGUGCCGAGGGAUGGCGGGGAACCCGGAGGGCGAGGUGAGGCGGAGAAGGACAGGGGGGUGAGGAAGUCCGUCUCCGGGAUCCCGGCGCAUCCUCCCUUGGGACCCAAUCAGAGGGUCCUCCGCGUCUACCGGGGGAAGAGGAGUUUCGGCUUCACGCUGCGAGGUCACGCCCCCGUCUGCAUCGACUCCGUCAUCCCAGAUAGUCCCGCGGAGGAGUGUGGGCUGAAGCCGGGCGACCGCAUCCUUUUCCUCAACGGGCUGGACAUGAGGAGCUGCUCCCAUGAGAAGGUGGUGUCCAUGCUGCAGGGCAGCGGAGCCAUGCCCACCCUAGUGGUGGAGGACGGUCCCUGCGACGUCUCCUCAGAACAAACAGAGCUGGACGAACCUGCAAAUCUGGCUCCAACCACGACCACUUUGCCCCGAUCCCGGUCUCCGGCUCUCAGCUCUCUCCAGUGGGUGGCGGAGAUCCUUCCUCCGAGCAUCAAAGUCCACGGGCGGACCUUCAGCCAGCAGCUGGAGCAUCUGCUCACCAUCCAAGAGAGAUACACCGUCUGCAAAGCUUUGGAGAUCUUCUUCCAGCACCGGAACGUGGACACCCUGAUCGUUGACGUGUUUCCGGUGUUGGACACUCCGGCCAAACAGCUGAUCUGGCAGUUCAUCUACCAGCUGCUGACCUACGACGAGCAGGAGCGCUGUCAGAGCAAGCUGUCGCGCUUCCUGGGGUUCAAGAGCAGCGCUGUGCUGGAGCCGGACGGAGCUUCGGAGCAUCACCGGCGGAGCAGCUCUGUGCGCGUGACCGGGACGUCGUACCGCAGCAGCGUCCGGGAGCGGAGCUCCGACGACUGCAUCAUCGGGACUCACCUGGGAAUGGGAAUUCAUUUGGAUGAAUGUGGGAGCCCGGAGGAGAGGCAGUCAGGAGAUGGAACCUCCUUCCCAGAGUCCCCUGACCUCAGUCAUAUGACAGGCGUGUACACGGAGCUGGAGAGCAUGUUCGCAGGGAAGAGUGUGUCUCCGCUGCGGGGCGGCGGCUCCCCCGCGGAGCCCAAGGCGCCGGGGCAGGCCGAGCCCUUCGGCCGCCCUCUUUCCCCGCUCACACUGCCCCCCCUCACAGGAAAUCGUAAAUCCGGCCUGUCGCUGUCCUGGAAGGAGCCUCUUCCGACCCCCGUGUACGAGAUCCACCACCAGAGCAGCGUGGACUCCAACCCCUACGUCAGCCUGGAGAGCCCCCCGGCCUCCCCUCUGCUGUCAGACAGCGGUCCGAACACGACGACCCGCCGCAGAAAGCUCUUCACCUUUUCCCGGCCGCCUCGCAGCCGGGACACCGACAAGUUUCUGGACGCUCUGAGUGAGCAGCUGGGUCACCGGGUCACGCUGGUGGACGACUUUGCACCCGGCGAGAACGACUACGAGGAGAUGAGUUUCCCGGAGGAUCAGGAUCCUGGAUUCAUGUCCCGGCGGCUCAGCAGCGACAGCAGCGAGGACCACAGCUGCAGCGAUGAAGCCUCGUCUCCGACCUACUCCUCUGGUUCUGAACCGAUUCCCCCUCCUCCCAACCAGAGCCCCCCACCUCCUCCUCCUUUCCAGGCUCUGAUCCCCCCACCGCUUCCAUUCACCGACACGCUCCCGCCUGUGCGCUUCUCCCCGGAGCACGUCCCCCGCAGUCGGAUGCCCUUCCAGCCUCACCAUCCCAUCAUACCUCCUCCACCGCCUCCCCUGAGGACGCUCCUGUCCAGCCGCCCCCCUCUCCACAAAGUCCUUCCCACCAGGGAAGGAGACAAGGCUCACCAGCGCUUCCAGCUUAACUCAACCCGGUUCUCUCAGUGCCCCACCACCCUGGGAACCUCCACCUUACGCUCAACCCAGCCCUCCCGCCCCUGCUACCUACCGCGCCAGCUCAGCCAGCCCCAACCCAUUCGCCAGCCGACCCCUCAGCCCUCCCCCCAGCUGCUGAGGCAGAGCCAGCUGGUCCUGCAGAGGCACCACCAGCUCCAUCACCAGCACAGCUACCAGGGCCCAAUGCCACCCUCCCUGCAAGACCCCGCCCCCACCGGCUCCUCGCUGCUCUCCCAGCCAUCUGAGCCUCAGUCCCUGCCUCUCAAGAUCAACCAGCAGGACACCCAGCAGGCUCCCCCACCUCCACCUCCACCCCUGCCACCACCCUGCGACCCGCCUCCGCGACCCAAGACGGGCCGCCCCACCUCAGACAACCAGAUGAGUGUGAAGAGGCUGCGCUGGGAGCAGGUGGAGAACUCUGAGGGAACCAUCUGGGGUCAGCUCGGAGAGGAAUCGGACUACGACAAGCUGAGCGACAUGGUGAAAUACCUGGACCUGGACCUGCACUUUGGGACUCAACGCAGAUCCAAGCCAGCCUUCCUGCCGGAGAACUUUAAAAAGAAAGACGUGGUGGAGAUUCUGUCCCAUAAGAAGGCCUACAACGCCUCCAUCCUCAUCGCCCACCUGAAGCUGUCCCCCGCCGAGCUGCGCGAGGUGCUGAUGAACAUGAGCACGGACAGGCUGGAGCCGGCCCACAUCAAGCAGAUGCUGCUCUACGCGCCCAACGAAGACGAGGUCAAGCAGUACGAGCAGUUCGAGGAAGACCCCAACAAGCUGAGCGAGCCGGACCAGUUCAUCUUCCAGAUGCUGAUGGUGCCCGAGUAUAAGACUCGCCUGCGGAGUCUGCAUUUCAAGACGACUCUGCAGGAGAAGACGGAGGAGAUGAAGGUGGCCUUUGAUUACAUCUACAAGGCUUCAGUGGAGCUCAGGAGCAGCAAGAAACUAGCUAAAAUCCUGGAGUUUGUUCUCGCCAUGGGAAACUAUCUAAACAACGGGCAGCCGAAGAGCCACAGAACGACCAGUUUUAAGAUCAACUUCCUCACUGAGUUAAGCACGACCAAAACAGUGGAUGGGAAGUCCACUUUUCUCCACAUCUUGGCCAAAUCUUUGUGCCAACACUUCCCUGAGCUGCUCAGCUUUCCUAGAGACCUCACAACGGUUCCUCUGGCUGCUAAAGUGAACCAGAGAGUCAUCACAUCCGAGCUGAGCGACCUCCACGCCACCAUCCAAGACAUCAGGACGGCCUGUCAGAAGAUCCCCGCCACCCCUGAGGAUCACUUCACGUCUGUCAUGAGCAGUUUCCUGGAGAACAGCCAUCCUGCCAUCCAGUCUCUGGAGUCCCUGCAGAACCGAGCCAUGGAGGAGUUCUCCAAAGUGGCCUCCUACUUUGGAGAAGACAGCAAGUCCACCAGCACAGAGUCGUUUUUUGGCAUCUUUGCAGAUUUCAUGACCAAGUUUGAGAGAGCGCUCUGCGAGACUCAGCCUCCAGAAAACCCCCGGAGCCCCAGACUGUCUUCCCCUCUGGCCUGGUAGGAAACAGAAGAGCAGAGAAAGAAAGUUCCCUCUGCUCUCCACAACCAAAGUGCCAAGAUCACACCCAGAGACUCGGAAAGCAACAGGAACAGAGACGCUGUCACCCAAACAGAAACUCGCAGCUUCACACCGCAGCAGACGAGGGCAGCAGAGCUGCGGCUGCAGGUGCUGCAAAGAGCAGAGAUGCCACGUCUUUAUACAAUCUCUGCAUCCUUUUGGAACGCACGUCAGUUUAACAUGCAAGACUCCCUGUCCCUGCAGCAAAGGGGGGAUUUAAGAUGUUUAUUAUACAACUAUAAAGUUUAUAUUUUCUAUCAGAUCCUAUGAAAGAGCUGUAAAAAAAGGAGAGGAGGACUUGGAAUUCACAAGCAGCUAAAUGAUGCAUUCACUGCCUCCCACAGAGCAGGUUUUCUGAGUUUUGUUAUUUAAGGAGGACCGAUGAGGAUGUGAGGGAUGAGAAUCACUUCACACCCACUUCUGGUUCGACUCUGCUUACGAACACGAUCGCCAGUUUGAAAAAAGAAACGUGACCCUUCUGAGGACAAGCUGUGAUUUUAAACACAAAGCCGCAAAAUUGGAUGAAAAAAACAAAUAUUGUGUCCGGCUGCCGUCCGGGACGGAAAAGACAAUUCUUCUUUCUUUCUUUCUGCACCCUUGAGCCAGAAUGUCUCCCCUCCCACAUCCUUAAGAACUCAACCAAACGUGCACGUACCUGGUACCCGUCAAAAAUGAUGACAUCACAGCGGGAGAAACCAUCAAAAAAAAAAGUGAAGUAAAACAGCUGGUGCCAAAAUUUCUUCUUGGGUGUUAUAAAAAAAUCUAUUUGAAUAAUUUUUAAAUCUUCGCAAGAAGCGAUCUUGACUAAAUGCCACCUGUUUAGGUCCACAACCACAACCAAAGUUUCUCUAACCUUUAACUCCGGGAAGACGCCGCCAUCUUGAAUUUAAUUUAAAAACAAAACUGCUAUAAAUUGAAACUCCUCCGUGCGAUUUCGAUCUAUCACCUCACAACUCCCCGAGGAUUUUUGAGAAGCUCCUCUGGGAAAAAUGUUUGUUUCACAGUUUUGAUCAGCGUUAGCUUGGCGAGCUCACAACAAUGGCGUUUACCUGUUGCUUGCCUUUUUUUUUUUUUUUUACCAGAAUCAAGUGAAAGUCGUUGGCUGAACGAAACAAUAGGACAAACAAUAUCAACAUAUAAGGAAUGUGAGGGCAGUCAACAACAACAAAAAACUCCGUUGCUAAGGAAAUCCAAAAAUGUACUUUAGCCGAUUCUUCUAGAAAUGACAUAAACGUGAUCGUCACCCCAAGGCGACCAAAAAAUAUAAUGGUUGCUAUGGAGAUAAAACCAACAGAAAACCCACCUUUUUGAAAAAUAUGUUGUUUUUUUGAACAAUUGGUCACAUGCAAAUCUAACCGGGGGAAUUGAGGCAGAAAAAGAGAGUGACUUUACUUUUCUUUUCAUCAAGACAUGAAAAAGAUUAAAUAAUAAUAAUUCUGGAGAUAAAGCCCAUAAAUAAACAUAAAAGGUAAUUAAAAUGGCAAUAUGGUUUUAAAAUAAACUUUUCAAGCAUGUUAAAAAUAUAUAAUUUCAUAUUAUUAUGUCAUUUGUAAAAAGAAUAAAUGUUGGUUGCUAAGGAAAAAAUUGACAAAUUAUUCAAAGAUAGGAGCACAAAACUAGCUAAUCCUGAUUAUCAGAUAUGAAAAACGUUCUGUGGUUGCUACAGAGUGGUCCCUUCAGACUAUUAUUCAAAAAAAACUUUUUCCUUUCAAAUUAAUAAAAAAAAAUUAAGAAAUAUUAGUAAGUAGAUGCUGAACUUGAGUCAUAAAUCCUAAAAAAAAAAAACCCAGAAGAUUUAAACCGGAUGGGUUCAAAUGUAGAUUAUUAAUCCAGUAAAAAUCGCCCUCAGAUCCCGGCUGCUUUGUCUUUGAUUGAACAUUUCGACAAAAGGUCACCUGUGGCUGCGGCGUCAGCACCGUUUCAAGUCGUGUGGGCGGACCGGCGAGCGUCAACAACAAUGGAUGUCCUCAUUUCUGACAGAACAAAGAGACAAAAGACAGAUGAAAACUCCCAGCUGCCCAUGAACUACACGUGGGAGAGAGAAAAAAACAAAAAACCAUCCUGCUGUCAGGUAUUGCAUUCUGCUUCAGUGGUUGUCAUGGUGACAUCAUGACUCAUCUACAGUGCUAUGGACUUGUGUUGUAUCCAUGACAAUGAUCUACUGUUUAAGGUGUAAAUUUAGUCUUUUCUAUGCACCGUUCAUCAUGUGCAUUUGUACGCUGGCGUCCCACUUUAUUUAUUUGUCUUUUUUUUUUUUUCCUGCUCAUCUCACAGCUUCAGCUGACGAGGCCUUCUCGUCACCGUGCAAGCGCGGCGGCUGCUGUAGGUGUCGUGGCGGUGUUUUCUUGUCCCAGUCCAAAGCAUGACGGUGCGGUUCAAGUGUUGAGAUGUGCAGCCGGUAGCGUCUCCGUUUCCACCCUUUUAAAGCUUUGAAGAGAAAAUCCUUUUGAUUUUUUUGUCGUAGUUUUCUAUGUAUGCUCAUGUCUUGUGCUCUCUAGACUUUCAAAUAAAGAAAAUGUUUUUCAUCAA